AUGGCGCCAUGCAUGGAAGGAUUUCAAGUGGAACUAAAUAUAAAUUAUGUCAAGAAGGACAAAACUCCAUUUGUGGACUAUCCAGAACUCAAGAAAGAGUGGUGGCCAGACUUUGUGGAGUGGGUUACCUCUGAUGAGUAUAUUGCUCUAGGAGAAAAGGUCGAGAAAAGCCAAAGCAUGAAGAAGUUCUGUCAAAAACUAGGCCGGCGAAGCUAUACUGUACAAAAGAGAAAAUGGGCAAAGGAAGAUGCACAAGCAUUAACUGAGGGUAAAUCUAUUCCAUUUCAAGACAUGCCAGGUGGUCGUCAUAAGGAUUGGGCAAGGGCGAGGAAUCCUUCUAGCGAUGUGAACAUAACAGAGUCGCAUCCAAUCAUAAAGAAAAUUGUAGAUCUAAAUGAAAAGUCAGUAGCUGGUACCUUUACACCAUUGGAUAAUAUGGACAUACUUGCAACAACAAUAGGGAGUAAUCAUCCAGGGAGGACAACAGGGGUGAGUGCUUAUGUGGGUUUAGGGAUGGGUCUUGCUCAAGGUGAUGGCCCUCGUAAGAAGAAACGUAGAACAACGAAAGAAUAUGUCAAGAGGAUUGUGGAUGAGUAUGAGGCCAAGUUUGACAAACUGACAGCCCUGUGUCAGAGUAUGGAGUGUCGAUUAAACAAUUCUGAGAGUUGCUCAUCAUCAAAAUUUGUUGAUACACCAGACCAUGCAACACAUCAUUCAGUUAACUCAUUACAAGAGGUGAUGAAAUGCAAGUUAGUGGUGCAGAUAGGUCCGCAAUCUGUUGUGGUCGCUAGAGGGCAGGCUUACCCUCGAAAGGAUGUUGUAACCGUCCAUGGGAUUGAGCGGUGA